GUAGUUUAUUAACUUAAAAAGAAGAAGUCUGUGCUCCCGUCUUGUGACUCUGAUUUGAGUGUUGGAGCAGUGAACGCUUGUUUGGGAAUGACGGAGGUGUGUAAAGAGGAGCGCGGCGCAGCGCGGGGUCCGGCGGAGAGAUGGAGCCUGCGCUCCGGCGCUGUGAGUGUGGAGAUCCUCUCUCUGGGCUGCGUGAUCCAGUCCAUCAGGACACCAGAUCACAGCGGACAAACUGCGGAUAUAGUGUUAGGAUACGAUGACGGAGAAGGUUAUCUCUCAAACUCUCGCUACUUUGGAGCUGUGAUAGGCCGGGUUGCAAACCGCAUUGCAAAGGGCCGGUUCGUGGUGGAUGAGAAAGAAUAUGAACUGGCUGUUAACAAUGGACCCAAUGCUUUGCAUGGAGGACUGAAGGGCUUUGAUAAGGCCGUGUGGACCACAGAGGCGGUGGAUAACGGCGUGAAGCUGAGUCACUUCAGUCCAGAUGGUGACGAGGGUUAUCCUGGGAACCUUAACGCCUCGGUCACCUACAGGCUGGAGAAGAACACACUGAGUGUGCAGUACCACGCACAGACUGACCGUACGACACCCAUCAACCUCACCAACCAUUCAUACUUCAACCUGGCUGGACAGGGGACUCCAGACAUUUACGACCAUGAGGUGACCAUCUCAGCAGAGUCGUACCUGCCUGUGGAUGAUACGAUGAUCCCCACAGGGGAGGUGAAACCUGUGGAGAAGACCCUGUUUGACCUGAGAAAGCCUGUCCUCCUGGGCUCUAGACUGAAAGAGCUGCCUGGUCCAGGCUUUGAUCACAACUUCUGUCUGUGUUCACCUGGUGAUCCACCACUGGAGAGAAAAUGUGCUCGAGUGGUGCAUCCUGGGACAGGUCGUGUUCUGGAGGUGAGCACUACACAGCCUGGGGUUCAGUUCUACACCUCUAACUUCCUGGACGGGACGUUGAAAGGAAAGGGUGGAGCUGCUUACUCCAAACACAGUGCCUUCUGUUUAGAGACCCAAAACUGGCCAGACGCUGUGAACCAGCCUCCAUUUCCUGAUGCUCUGCUGAAGCCAGGAGAGACAUACACACACACAACACGCUUCACAUUCUCAGUGCUCUGAAAUUACAUCAGCAUGUGAAGCUUACUCUUACAACAGGACACAAUUGCAUGCUUUUCUAGCUGAAGGUUACAUGGUCAACAUAAUGUACUGCUUCUAAGACCAUGAUAUGGUGUUUCUACUGUACUUUCUGUUAUAGUUGGGGAUAUCUGUCAUAAAUCCUACACUAACACAAUUACUACUUAAAGUUCAAAUUGACAUUAAGGUUUGCUUGUAAUAAUACAUUUUAAUGUCAUCUACUAGAAAAAAGCCUGUAAUUUCUUUUUACAAAUUAUACUUUUUUGAAAUGAAUACCAUAAUAGCAUUAUCCAAAAAAUGCAGUCAUGUAAUGAGACAGCUGUAACAUUUUAAAUUUCCAAAAAAAUAUGUAAACGCAUUAGAAUCAUGUGCCCAAAUAUAACUGUGGAAAAUGUUUAUUAAA